AUGUUACUAUGCAGGACAUCCCGUCUACGAAUCAUCACCCUCUGCAUCUACGUUGACUUCCUCAUGGUGGGGAUGGUAUACUUCGGACUAUCACUCAGUGGGACGAACAUAAGUGAGAAUCCCUUCGUGUACAUGGUGCUGUCCGGUGUUAUGGAGGUACCAGCCUAUUCUCUCACUAUUCCCAUUGUGCAUCGCUACGGCAGAAAGCGCACGCUUUCCGUUUUGUUCGUCAUCAGCGGAAUAAUUCUCCUUUGUUUAGCCUUCAGUUCUGCAGCGAAAAGCACCGUCGCAGUAACUCUCGCCUUGAUGGGAAAGGUGACUAUCACAGGGAGCUUCCAAAUUGCCAUCAUCUUCUCUGGCGAACUUUUCCCAACGGAGGUGAGAAGUCGAGGCGUUAGUACCUCCUGCAUGAUGUCCCGACUAGGGGGGAUUGUGGCGCCUUUCAUCACGGAUGUGGUGGGCACCGUUUACCCUUGGGCACCUUUCUUUGUCUUUGGGUUGGGUGCUUUGAUUGCAGGAGCAGGAACCUUGUUGCUGCCGGAGACUAGUAACCAAAAAAUGCCUGAAACCGUGGGGCAACUGGAGUCGAGGAAGCCACUCAGGAGGGUCCAGAGGAAGCACACUAGAGUAAUAGAACAAGUGUGGAUGUGUUUCCCGGAACAUAAGGUAACCAUGUAUGAGGUGCGUGUCAACAGUCCAUACAUGAGCCUGUGCAGUCUCUAA